AUGCGUACCUCCGUCAUUGCAGUUGGCCUGUUGGCCCUUCUCUUCCAGCACGCCAUUGUGCAGGUCUCUUACGCAUCAGAUUCUGAGGAGCUCACCCGAACUAAUGUCAGCGAAGCCGAACAAGAUGUUGCACCGACCGAGGAGACGGAUGCGCCUCUCGCUUCGGCUGCCCCCAGCGCGAAGAAAACCACCCGUCGCACGAAGGCCGGCGCUCUCAGGAAGGCUGGACUGACCUCACUCGUCGUGGUUUCAAUUCUCACCACGGUUGCUCUGUUGUUCGCGUACGCCUUGCAUCCUCCGGCCCGUAUCCCCCCGUCUGUCGUUGCUAUGCUUCGACCUUUGAAGCACAGCUUCCUCACGGGGGCUGGACUGACCUCACUCGCCGUGACUUCAGUUCUCACUGCGGCUGGUCUGUCGUUCGAUUAUGCCAGUCGUCAUCCGCGAGGCACCCGCCCGUCCCACGUUCAAUCUAUCAUGUCCCGCUCUCACACUGGCAGCACUGGCAGCGACAGUCCGGCUGCCCCCCGUGGAACCUCCCGCACCUGA